ACUCAGGCAGUCAUGUUGCACUAACCUUGUUGCUGGAAACAUUUGAUCGAAUAUUUUGUUAUUUUCAUACAUUUCUGCCAUAAUGUCUGAACAAAUAGAAGUAUCAGUUUGUGAAGAUGACCAGUUAGAACCCAAUGACAAAAGUGAAAAUCUGAAUAUUGUCAUGAGAUGUGCAAUGAAAGGAAAUGUUACACGAUUCAUAAAAUGUUUUGAAGAUGAAGAGGAUGAACAUCAUGAAACAGUUGAAGCAUUCAUCAACACCCGCAAUGCUGAAUCUCGAUGUCCCCUAGAUGUUGCCACAAUGUUAGGUCGUGUACCAAUGGUCCAAGAACUAAUAACUCGGGGGGCAGAAAUUAAUAGUACCACUAAAAAAGGUUACUCCAGUCUCCACAGGGCUGCAGCAUGGGGUCGUGUAGAAUGCCUUAAAGUGCUGGUUGACAAUGGGUGGGACUUACAACAAAGAAACUGUCACAAUGAACGUGCACGAGAAGUAGCUCUUAGAUAUGACCAAUCAGAAUGUGUUGAUUAUCUGGACUGGGCAGAAGCUAAACAGAAUCUAAUAAAUACAAUAAAUGCAAUGAGGGAAACCUUAUCUGAUCCAGAAAAAGUACAAGGUCGUAUUGCACGUGAUGACAAGAACGUUGCCAAUGGGUCAUGUUCGGAGAAAUCUGAUUGGUUAGAAAACACGCCUGAUGCAACAACAAAUGAUUUCAUUAUGCAGAAAGAAAACUUGGAUGAACUACUGGCUCCAAUCUGGCAGAAACUCUCAGAACCUCCCCCAGAAAGGACAGAAAAAAAGUGAGUGAAAAAUUGCUGGAUUUAAUGGAUCUAACACUGUCUAAUAUAUAACUGCAUAAACAAUGGAUCCAAUUUGCAUGAGAUAGCAUUAACAAUGGUAAAUUGUAUGUGAUCAGCAUAAACAAUAGGAAACUACAAGUCACCUGCUUAAAGUGAUUGAGACCUUGCCUGCUUUAACAGUUAGACUGCAUCAAGUGAGGCUGCAUGUACAAUGGGAAAUUAAUUGUGACCUUUGUAAGCGGACAAUUGAUGAUUGUUCAGUAUACUGAUGUGGCAGCAAAACAUUGCUUUUGAUUGCAUUUCAUUUAGAAAGAGAUUCACCAAGCAACCAUCAUUUUGAUCAUGAUCCAUCUAACACAGUCCCAACCAGCUGCCAAGCUCAGGCCCAUAGCCAGGGGUGGGGGUGCAAAAAGUCUUUCAAAAUCCUGCUGUUUUUCACCAUUUUGAGCACUUU